UGCUGUUUGUUGACAUGUCUCCUGUGUUUGUCUGUGACUCGUCGGUGAAUCGCUCAUUGACACGAUGACACGAACCCGCUCCAUCGAACCUCGGCCUCUUCUCACAACUUCACGGACACAGCGGCUCGGGAUGAAGGUCGAUUCCUAACGAGGGACCCGGAAGCGGCCGUUAGCCCGUGCAGCCCCGGAGCUAGCUAGCUAACAGGCUAGGUUAGCCGAUGGUAAACAAUGGAGGGGAUCCUGCACAAAUGGACGAACUACAUGACAGGCUGGCAGCCCCGCUGGUUCGUCCUGGAGGACGGAGACAUCUCCUACUACGACAGCGAGGACGACGUUGGCAAAGGAAGCAAAGGAUCCAUCAAGAUGUCCAUGUGUGAGAUUAAAGUUCAUUCAACAGACUCCACCCGUCUGGAGUUGAUCAUCCCCGGCGAGCAGCAUUUCUACGUCAGAGCAGUGAACGCUGCAGAGAGACAAAGAUGGCUGGUGGCGUUGGGUUCGUCUAAAGCUGGAACACUGGACACUCACAAACACAGAGGUCCCGACUGUCUGAAGACGAAGAUGUCUGAGCUGCGUCUGUACUGCGACCUGCUCGUCCAGCAAGUCCAGACCAUCCAAUCACAGCACAGCACCGACACAGAGACCACAGACACUUCUGAGGCGUCUCUUCUCAGUGCGACCUGUGCUACGUUCAUCAGGACCCUGGAGGAGUGUAUGACCCUGGCCAACCAGAGUUUGAUCCCUGACCUCCGACCUCCUGAAAAGAUGAAGAGGUCGAUCAGUCACCCUGGAACCUACAGCUUCGACAGGUCAGGUGUGCAGAAGGAGUAUGUGAGUGGAGGUCAAAGGUCAACGCAGCGCAGGAACCGGACUUUCUCCGACAGCUCUGUUUACGAUGCUGAACGUUUCCUGUCGAGUCCUAACGGCGACCCGGCCUCCAUUCCUGAGGAGCGAGGAGGCAGCACGAGCCCGAAGAACACAGCCACCGACACAGACACUGACUUAUCCAUCUGACAACCUGACGUCCACCAGGACCUGCUGAGCUCUGGACUCUGACGGGUUUUAACGUCAGUCACAGCGGAGAUGCUGACAUCAUCUCCAUCGAAGUGAGGAGGAACUGGCCUCGAGGGAAAAUUCUUCUUUUUCACACGUGCACUUUGGAAUCAUGGGUCACUUUUCCCUCGAGCCUUGAAAUUAAACAGAACACACUGGAGAGACUUAAAGACGAAUCAACACGUCGCCACAGUCACAGUUCAUAACGACUGUGAAGCUGGAAUCCUGGAAAAAAAAACUCUGUGAAUCAACAAGUGAAAGAAAAGUGCAGUUAUAUUAUCUGCGGUUAAGCCCAGCAACCAAAUGAUGACUCCCUGGAAGAGUAUAAAUACACGAAGAACCGUGACAUCCGGUUUUCUGGACAGUUUAGAAGCCAGAGUCGGAUGUUUCACAGUUUUUAAAUUGACCCAAGAAUGUACAGAUAGUUUUUACAUCAGCAGCCGUGUCACAGAAGCAUCUUCUUCUACAGUAUUUUCUGCUUUUUCCAUAUAUUCCCAAAAAACUCCGUCCCUCUUCCUGACAGCUUUGAGGUGGUGAGGUCAGUCAACCAGACUGAUCCUGGAGCAGCUUUGAGACUCAGGGCCAAGAGUUCAGGUCUUCAGAUGCCAACUUCUGCUUAAAUGCAAAGAUCAAUAAACGUGCCAUUGUUCUAUUCUCCAGAAGACGACCUUCUCCGAGGUUUAGCUGCGAGAACAGAGGUUUGCUCUUCUUCUGGCGUGAGGAGGAAGACGAGACUUUGAUUCAAUCUUCCGCUUCCUUUGAGGAGUUUGCACCUUCUCCUGGUUUUUGUUUCUGCUCGGUUGUGUUGGUUCUACCCCGCGCUCUCAUUGUGAAUGUGUUGCAAGUUACUGCCUUUUUUCAAGUGUGUAUUUCCUCAGUGAUUAUUUAGCCUUGUAGAGAUGAUUCCGUCCAAACAUGACUCCGAAGAGAGAGAAGUACGGUGGCCCUGGAAGCUCAACUCACUGCAAAUUAAGCAAACGCAUACAAAUAAAAUAAAUACAAGAAAAGUAAGAGAAUAAACUGAAAAAAUAUUUACUGUAAAUUACCUUUAUGAUUUCAGUUCAUUUCUGAGGCAGGUUUCUGUAUCUGGUGGUUUUGUGGAAACUUGUGCUUAACGUGAGUGGAUGAUUGAGUGAAAAGAGAUUCUCAGAUUUCAGAUGAGGGCGUUUGCAGAUUUGUUAGCUUCGUGUGUCACUUUCUGCCGGGAGCUUUACUUUCUGCUGCCAAAACAAACAACUUUGGAAAGUAUUUCUGCAGCAGUGACGCUGGAGGAAUCACAGCUUAGGAAUUGAAAAAAGUAUUAUAGGUCAAUCACAUUAUUUAUUAAUGCCUUAUAGAUCAAAACAUUCAAGAGAAAAGCUUUUGUGUUGACAGGUUGUGAAGAAAAUUUAAAUAAUAAGUGGUUGAACAAUUAAAGAUUCAACAAAAACUAACUGAAGAGUUUUUCCACAACCCGGAAACUUUUUAAAGUUGUUUUUAUUCAAACUCAUUUUUCUAGGCAGUGAAAGACGGACAGACAAAGUCGUGUGAAUCUCUGCCCUCGAUGAAUCUCCUACAAAAGUGUUGUGACACGUUUCACUGUUCAAACACUGGCAAACGUUGUCAUCUGAAGGCAAAGCAAACAGGCGUUAAACAAACCAAUCGCACGCAGACUCAUUAUGUGGUAACUCCUCAACAGAGCGUUUGAAGGAUCCUGUUUCUGUGCCGGUGUUUCCAGCUCCUUCACCUGUAAAUCCUCACGUGUAAAGUUCUCACGGGACAGUUAACUCCUCCCCCUCUGGGACAAAACACACUUAAUGCUUUGUGUAUUUUAUUUACCCUUAAAGACCCAAAGGCGUGACCACAGCUGUCGUACCUGAAGCCACGUGAGAAUCUGCAGUUGGCUUCUCUCCUGGUGCCAAACACUGAGAAUAAUAAGUUGAAUAUAUAUCAUCGAUAACCUCACGGUAACUUUCCCUCCAUUUACAGUGUGUAGAUGUUGUUUUGCACUUUAAAGUUUUUGAAAUUUGAAUAUUUGUUUCUGAAAGUUUUAAACAAUCCAGAUGUUAAUGUUUUCUCUGAAGUGAUGCGUUUGGAUUUGCUGCAGCCUUAUGUUUUAUUCUCUCGUAUAACUUUAACCAAAACGCGUGUUUCCAGUAUUUGCUGUGAACAUGUUCAAACUGUGGAUCCUGUAUUUUUCUUGACUUCUUCUAAAACAAAUACUGUGAAGACGUGUUUUUCCGGACGCUUCAGCCCCGAAGCUGCUGCAGGUUCCCUGAAGCGUCCGGUGGGUUUUAUAGUUAAAUGCUCUGACAAGAGAUUUUAAAACUGAAUAUCACAAAUUGAUUUUUAGAGAAACGGAUGAAAGAGUUUGAAGUAAAAUCAGUUUCUAAAUAUUUGUCUGAACUUUUGAAGAAAAUGUACAAAUGCUUUAGUUUGUGAUUGUGGUUCGUCAUGUGCCUCCUUAUGAUUUUGACUUGACAGCAGCUUAACUAUUUAUCUCUGAAAAAAUCGUGUUUUUAAAUGAAUGAUUUAGUUUUUUAAAAAUCUGUUUGUUUUCUUGGCAAGAGAAGAGUGAAGCGACUCUUCUUUAUCGAGCAUAUAAUCCAUAAUCUGUCCGGGUUUUAUCCGAGUUUAACACUUUAAUUAGUGUUAACUCUUCUUGUCUUUAUGUUUAACUCAGCUGCUUGUUUCUCACUUCAUAUUUAACAUGAAGAUAUUUCGCGUGUUGUCAAACUUCUUUCUCCAAUUGUCCAAUGAAUCUUAUCUUUGUCCUAAAGUUCUUAUUGAUCCACAUCCUGUUUAAACUCGGUCGAACCAGCAGAGAUUUUCAUGCCUUAAGUGUCUCUGCACAAAGUGACGAGUGUUUCUUCCUCUGAAUAAAAUCAUGUUUUAAAGUUGA